AUGAGCUAUUCAGAGCUAUGGAAUAAAUUCAAAGAAGUCCGCGUUCAUUAUAGAGAGUCCAAAAAAACAUGCGACGAAUUUAUAAUCUUUUUACGGGACAAAUCAGAACUUGAUAGAUCAUACGCGAGAGGAUUAGAGAAACUUGCCUUAAGCACCUUUUUUGAAUUAGGAAAAGGCACGCUUGACCCCUGCUUAUCAUCUCUUAAGCAGCGGCUAAUAGAGUACAUUUCUCUAUGCAAAACCCUCGCAAACCAAUUCCACACUGACCUUGCCCUAAAUCUUCGGCAGCUUCUAGUCCAUCAAGAUCUCUUAAUUAAAGAUAAACGUGACCAAGGCAAAAAACUGGUCCAAGAGCGAGAAAAACUAAUAAAAAUCGCCCAAAGAGCCAAAGAAAAGUACAUAAAAUCUUGCAAAGAGUCAGAAGCCUGUGCGCAAAGUAAAAGCAGGUUUGAAAUUGCGUAUAAGCAAGAAGAAGAGUUAUCAAAGGCUUAUCAGGUUUCUAUAGAAAAUGCUAAUGCAUUUGCAGCUCCCUUUAGAGAAGCCAUGGACAAGAUUUUGAGCACGUAUCAGAUUCAUGAAGAAGAGAGGAUGAAGCUGCUAAAAGAGUCAUUGGCGAGGAUGGUGGAGUAUGAAAAAACGUUUUUUAAGUGCUUGGAAUAUACUCUGGAUGCGUUAGCUUUGGUAAGGGUUAUGUAGCCAAUUGAAAGUUUUAAUCCAAGUGUAGAUUUAAAGAAAUGGGUAGAUGAUACGUAUAUAGAAAGCGUUAUAAUUAAGGAUGGCUUUUAGCUUGCCCUAGACUAUUGAUUGGUAUUGGUAAAUGAUUUGCUUAUCAUUUAGUAGAUUGGUUGAAGUACUAAAGAAACUUCGCAAUUGGGCUAAUAGCCUAUAGUCAGAGUGAGCUAUAAGCCUUCUUAGGCCAUAUUGAAGAAAUAGUUUUUGAGCCUUUUCAUCAUAAUAUGGAAUUUGACAGGUUUUUGGUUGAAUUAAAAUCCUCACACCAAGGCGACAUUGUGAAAAAAAUUAUUGAUAAAUGCUGAAAAGGCGAGGUCAUCGAUUUUGAUCAAAGAUGUCAGUUUUCACAAACUAUUGCCGAGCCUGAAGGGAAAAAAGCCUGGAUCGCUUUUCUUAAUGAAAAGCGAAAUCAAGGCCAAUUUAAAAUCCCUACUGAAACUUUUGUUAUCAUAGGAGAAUUAUUGCACGAUGUCUUGACAAGUAUGCUUAAUUCUUCCGCGUACAAUUGUGCAAGCCAAUGUAUCAUUUUAUCACAAACAUUUUACUAUGAAAAUGAAGGCCAAAAAAAUUAUUUGCAAAAUGAGGUCAUAGAUCAUGCAUUUUGGAAGCAAGAAGAUGUAUGGAAAACUAUUCCUUAUAAAAAUAGCUUUGAUACCAGCUUAAUUAUAAAAAAUAAUAAUAAUUCAUUAGAAUGUGACAUAUUAUAACAGAAGCUAUUGACCACGAAAUAAAAAAAUGCAAUGAAUACUGCAAGGACAUAAUGCAGAAUGAUGAAGAUUCCCAUGAAAGAUUAGGAGAAGUCGUUGUUUCACAGCUAUCAUCGUAUGCACAUAUAAUGGAAAGUUUUCAUGUCCCUGAGCACGAAAUCCAACAAAUUCUUAAUACAUUUGUUAAGAAUUAUAAUUUGCCUGAUGAUAUAUUAAUUACGUUUAUGGCUUAA